AUGCCAUCUCCUAGCCAAUUUCCCCACCAACAUGCUCACACGCUACGAACUCACAGUGGUAAGCCACUUCCACACUUUAUUCUACCAGAUGAACUUGAGCUGACCACCCGCCAGGUCCCAGCUGUUCACAUAUCCCGCGCUCUGCCCAGCUCCAACUCGAACUCCAUCGCCGAGACCACCCAGCCCAUCCAACGGUACGAAGCACACGGGUAUUCCGUCCUUGACAUCGCCGUCAGUGCAGACAAUUCCCGGUUCAGCAGUGUCGGAGGAGACAGACAGGUGUUUCUAUGGGAUGUCGAGCAAGGAUCUACAGUGAGGAGAUGGGCGGGCCAUACGAGUCGGGUCGAGGCUGUCCAAUUUGCCGGUGAAGGGGAUUCCGUCGUCGUGUCUGGAAGCGCUGAUACUACGAUCAAUCUAUGGGACGCAAAAUCCAACUCGAUCAAACCUAUCCAGAGCUUGACUGAAGCCACGGACACGGUCUCUUCGGUUCACGUGCACAUGCCUACGUUCUCGAUUGCCAGUGGGAGCUACGAUGGAAGAGUCCGAAUCUACGAUCUUCGCAUGGGCCGGACGACUGUGGAUGUGAUCGCGCAUCCCGUCACAAGCGUUCGCUGCUCAGCGGACGGCAACGCCGUACUCGUUUCUAGUUUAGACGGCCGCAUUCGGAUGCUGGAUCGCACAGACGGAAAACUGCUCAAAGCCUUUGGUGGAGAGGAGGACCAGGCCGAAAAAUAUGGACAGUCGCGAUACUUGAACAAGUCGCUCCGAAUACGCUCUGUCUUUGCCAAAGCUGACGCCGUGGUUCUCAGUGGCAGUGAAUCUGCAGACAUGGACAGUAAGCAGGGGACCAGCCAGGCGUCGGUGUUUGCGUGGGACGUCUUGAGCGGAGAUGUUAUUGCUACAGUUCCUGCUGGAGAAGGAAUCAAGGUGAAACCGUCACAGUUCACCAUGCAUCUACAACAAACCAUACUUCUUUUGACAGCUGCUCUGGCUGUGUCCAGUGCAGCAUCCUCCAAUGUCACUGUCUACCGGAAUGAGUCCUUUGUUCUCGGUAACAAGCUUCCGGCAUCCCACGCGACGUCCGAUGGAAGUGACAUUGUGAAUCUCUUCUUCGGACUGAGUCGGUCGACAACCUGGAAACUCAUUUCAAAGACCAAACUCGAGGGAGACACCGGCGAGCCCGAGGGCAUGGUUCGCGUGGGCGACGACCGUCUUUUUGUUUCGUCCGGACAGUGGACCGUCCCGACAGAAAAGUACAACGAAACCAUCAAUGGCACCGAUCGCACACCAGGCGCUGGAUUUGCGCAUCUGGUCAUCUACGACCUUCAAGGGCAGCGGAUUGCCAAUGCCUCACUUACCGCUCCUGGCGAUAUCGAGUACCACGGUGGCGGCGUCGACUACGACGGCCGUUACAUAUGGAUCACUCUUGCUCAGUACAGACCCAACACCACGGCCACCAUUGCGCGAAUCGACCCUCUCACUCUAGACCAAACCCGUUUGUUCCGUACAAAGGAUCACAAUGGCGGUAUUGUGCACGACACCAUCACCAAUGAACUCGUGACACUCAACUGGGGCGGGCGAAACGCAACUACAUGGUCUCUAAAAGAAUACCCAAAACGCUUCACCCCUCUUCCAGGAUUCACACCCCCAGUCCGCAGCGUUGCUACAUCGAGCUUUUUUGUCGAUUACCAAGACUGCAAAUUCCUGGGCCACCACGCCAUCCCCAGCCUCAUGACAACUCAAACUCAUCAUCACUCUUCGAGCACGUCUCUUCGACCCAUCAUGCUCUGUGGCGGCGUGGCUACCCUUGGCGAGUACAAUCUAGGUGGACUGGCACUUGUAGAUUUGGAGACAAUGCUGCCACUUUGGGAAGUGCCGAUUUCCUUGACGAGUGAUUUGGGGGUAUCGCUGACGCAGAACCCGGUGGAUGCGCACGUUGUGGACGGGAAAUUGAGGGUUUGGUUUUUGCCGGAUCAGAGGAAUAGCACGUUGUAUAUUUACGAAGCGCAGUGA